GAUGACUCGAAACAAGAUGCGGUGGAUUCUCCCUUCUUUCCUGCUCCUGGCUGGGGCUGAUGCUCUGCUUCGUCCGGAUGGUGUGGGUCGCGCCCCUGCUCUGGGCUGGAACUCGUGGAACGCGUAUAACUGCGAGAUCGACGCCGACAAGAUCCUGACUGCAGCGAACGAGGUCGUUAAUCUGGGACUGAAGAGUCUGGGAUAUGAAUACAUCAAUAUCGACGACUGCUGGUCCGUCAAAUCCGGCCGCGACCCCACGACGCAGCGCAUCAUCCCCGACCCGGACAAAUUCCCCGAUGGCAUCUCGGGCGUGGCAGACCAGGUGCAUGCCCUGGGGCUGAAGCUGGGGAUUUACAGCAGUGCCGGGACAACCACCUGCGCCGGCUACCCCGCCAGUCUCGGCUACGAAAACAUCGAUGCCGAGGCCUUCGCCGAAUGGGGCGUGGACUACCUGAAAUACGACAACUGCGGCGUCCCCACCAACCUCACAGACGAAUACACCUACUGCGUCCCCGACAGCACCGACGGCUCGUUCUUCCCCAACGGCACCUGCGUGAACCUGACGGACGCCGCCCCGGCGGGGUACAACUGGGCGACAUCGACGACCGCAAAGCGGUACAAGCGCAUGCGCAACGCGCUGGAAUCGGUGAACCGCACCAUCCUUUACUCACUGUGUGAUUGGGGCCAGGCGGAUGUGAAUGACUGGGGCAAUGCGACGGGGAAUUCCUGGCGGAUGAGUGGGGAUAUCACGCCCUACUGGUCCCGCAUCGCCGAAAUCGCCAACGAAAACUCCUUCCUCAUGAACUACGCCAACUACUACGGCUACCCGGACCCCGACAUGCUGGAGGUCGGCAACGGGAACCUGACUCUGGCGGAGAACCGCGCGCAUUUCGCCUUGUGGGCGGCCAUGAAGGCGCCGCUGAUUAUUGGGACGCCGUUGGACACAAUCGACACCUCCCACCUCACCAUCCUCAGCAACACCUACCUUCUCACCUUCCACCAAGACCCGGCUGUCGGCCGCCCCGCCUACCCCUACAAAUGGGGCUACAACGCCGACUGGACCUUCGACCCCGUCCACCCAGCAGAGUACUGGUCCGGGCCAUCGCCCGCUCUGAACGGCACGCUGGUGGUCAUGCUGAACACGCAGGACACGACGCAAACUCGUACCGCGUACUGGAAGGAGAUUCCCGAGCUUGAGGAUGCGUAUGCGGCCGGGAGUAGGGGGUUCAGAGUGCGGGAUGCCUGGUCGGGGAAUGAUUUGGGGUGUGUGCGGAAUAAGUAUGGUGUUCGGUUGGGGGCGCAUGAUGUGGCUGUUUUGGUUGUGGGGGGGAGUUGUUGAUUCAAG